GUUGCGUCAUCUCGUAAACAAAUAGACGAAUAUACCAUAAGGACCGAGAGGUUAAGUGAACCAACAGCACUCGGUCUUCUCUGUUGUGUUAGGUUAUGAGAGAAAGCUUUUGGUAAGCAGACCAUUAAAAGAUGGUCGAAUUGUACACUGUUGCUCUUGGCCUGCUAGUAACACUUGACCUUGGAUACUUUCUAAAAACUUUCAUAUUUGGAAUUCACUCCAAGUUUUUUUCAUCCAGAAUUCAUGUCUUAGCACCAUCAAAACUCUAUGGAAUAUGUACAACUCGAGACAUAGACUUCUUGCUGAACCAUAUAAACAAUGCCCGCUAUCUCCGUGCUAUGGACUUUGGGAGAGUGAACCACUGUAUCCGUGCUGGAAUCUUUCAAGCCUUGACAAGGAAAAACACAAAACUGCUAGUGGCUGCAAGCACAAUUAGAUAUCGCAAGCCUGUGUACCUGUUUAUGCCCUACAUGCUCCAUUCUCAACUUGUAUAUUGGGAUGAGAGAAAUCUAUACUACCGUCAAGAUUUCGAGACCAUACAUGAUAACUUUCUCCGAGCAACUGCUUACGUCAAGUUAGCGGUGGUAGGUUCAAAUGCUGAGGGAAUAUUAUCUGCUGUCCUUUCUGAGAGUCCUGUACGACCAGAAGCACCAAGUGAUUUACUGUCUUGGAUACAGUAUAAUGAACAAAGUAGUCAGAACCUAAAAAAACUCAAGUAAUCUUGUGUGUGAUUACUUAACCUGUACUGUAUUUAUUAUUUGACUUUGAUCAGAGGAAACUCUUGAUUAUCUUCAUUGAGUCUGUGGGCUGUAAUUCAAGCUAACCCCAAAUAAUAGCAGACAUUAAUUUAAACAUUUAGUACAACUCUCCUGCAACAACCCGAACCCUUGAAAGAGAAAUAUUGGAGGUAGAAGUUUACCACUUAAAGCCAAGUGAUGGAUUUAUUUUGAGGAUUUUCAUUGAGACUAUAACAUGUCUGUAAUUCUGUAGCAAUGUUUAAGUUUGCUUUAGCAUGAGUACUAUCCAAGGCUUAUGCAACAGGAUAUAUGUUACAGCAUGUAAAAUCUUAUAUGGAUCCUUCUUUUAACCCUUUGGAUGCAUAUUUUGUUUUCAAGUUACAUUUUCAAGGAGUGUCAGUUCCCAGAAAAAUAUGGAAUUGGUAACCCAUACUAUUUUACUACUUUUUAACCAAGAUAAAACUAUGAAGUUUCCAUACCCAACAAUUCUUAAAAAGUUACUGUGGCAUUAGAAAUAAAACAAUUUAUUAGAUACACCCUUGAACAAAUAUUUUGUCAUGUCCUUUGAUUUCUGGUAAAGCAAACAAAGCAGUGCAAUUACUCAACUUAUAUUUGUACUAUGACAUAAGAAAAAUAAUGGGAAGUCAAACAAUAUUGGGAUAAAAAAUAUCCAGAUUUAAAUCUACUGUACUGUACACCAUGAAGCUACACUCUGACAACUCAUAAACAAAUGUAAGAUACAUUGUAUAUUAUCAUAAUACAGUACUUUAUACCUUUAUUUAUGUAUAUUAUGAUAAAUGACAUACACUUACAAAGCAUCACCUUACAAUAUUAAAAUGAGAAGCAAAUACUGUAAGUGUAUCAGUGUAGGUGCUGGCAAUUAUCUGAGCGAGUUAUUGUUUAUGAGUGAAGUCAUCACUGUAUGACAACAGCGACAGACAUUCGUCUGCCUGGAGGGAAGGGGUUGUUGGGGGUGCAUUUCUUGAUAGACGUACAGAAAAUUAAAACCCUGCAUUUGAUUAUAUUCAUGUGUCAUUCAACUGCAGCUGCACAGCACAUCCAAAGGGUUAAGACUACCUUUAAGAUAAUUGCCAAUCACUUGGUCAUUGGAAAUGGUUUUUGGUUUCUAAGGAUCAUCUUGGAACCUAGACAAGGAAGAUCCUGGCUCCAGCUCGAUAAGUUAGGAAGGUUUAUGUUAUUAGAAGAAGGGUUUAAUAUUAUAUACAGUUGUACAGUACUGUACUUGGAAAACUUUUAAUGGUUGCACUGGCAUUUGGUCGAGUGGUAAAUUUUUAUCAAAGAAUAGGAAUUAAAGUUUUAGACCAAAUGGUUGUAAGUUUAGGAUGGAUGUAAAAUGUUUUCCCAACCAGUCAGUUCUCCGAAAACGUGUGUUAUUAUAACGUGAUGAAUGUGUUAAGAACACAUUUUUAACAACACAGAUGCGAAUUAGAUAUAACGCAAUUGAGUAAAUGUAACUACUGUAUGUUACUCUGGUAGGAAUAACUGGUUACGUGGCUGCCUCGGCAUAGCAACACAAAAGGCGGGAUGCUGCCCACGCAUUUCAGUCUUUGUUUAUUUUCCAUGCAUAUCGGACGUGUUAUUGCAGACUGUACUUUACCUUAGUAUCCACUUUAUUGUUAUUAAUUGGGUGUGAAACAUUCUGGUUAGUGGAAGUGAAGUGAAAAAACAACUAUUACAUGUAGUGUACAGUACUCUUGAAUCUGUCUUCAGAUUAACUUUACCUUCUCUUCCACUACCACAAGUCCCAAGCAGCAGCCUUCGCUUUUUGUGGUGAAUGUUAAAACGUUUUAACAAGUUUUUUAUAUUAUUUAAGGUUAAAAUUUUUAUUUAAAAAGUUUUAUCAUUAAAAGCAUUUAAGUGACACAUUCUGCUACGUAUUAUUUCAUAAUUUUAAUUCUCCACCCUCCUCCAUGGCACUGUUUUCUAUCACCUAGCAAUGUAGACUAACACACUUUAAAAAGCAUCUUCCCCCUUUUCAUAUUUUUUUUUCGAUUAAUGAAUGAUAUUAUGGAACUAAAACAUGUAUUAUAAAAACACAACUACGGCAUUACACGAGAACUGACUGUAUAAAAACCUGUGCACUUUUUCGUACACUAUUACCUGCGUCAAGCAACAUCCAAUAUAUUGAUCUGUCUAGUCUAUAGAAGAACAAAUACUGUAGUAACUUAUGGGUAAGAUCUAGGUUGAUUUAAACACAUUUCAAUAGAAUUAUAAUUUAAUUUUAUAAUAAAACAACAAUGUAUCAAAAUUCAUUUAUCAGUUUCUUCAGCUGACAAUACAUUUCAGUUAAACUAAGAGUGAGAUUUACCGAAGAAUAGCACACUGUCUUUAAUACAAAAAGGUACAGACUAAUGACCACCAGUUCAUGGAGACAAGUGUUGAAUAUCAGUAUCAGGGAUCAUUACCAAAAAUGGUGCCAUGUUGAGGUGUUAAUGUAAACAUGGUAGCAAUCAAGCACAUGAUUAUUAUUGUACUUGAUAAACCAAGUUGACAUCUAAAACAUGGUAAGUACUUAUAAAUAUUUAUUUAAUUAUUAAUUUUAAGUAUGUAAUUAUUUUGCCAUUUACCACUUAUUAGCUAUUUUGGCAUUGGUCUUCUUAUUUAGUUUGUUUUUAACUUGAAUGUCCCUUGUUUUUUUUAUUAAAUAUCAAAUUCUAUAAAGUAGCCUGGUGGACAAGCAUUUACUAUUGUAGUUAUAUGAACUCCUUGUACAUGGGGGUCUCUCUCUGCUGAAUAAAAUAGUCUAAUGCUAGCCAAAUAAAUUUUAAAAUUGGCAUUCCCAUAGUGAAAGGGUUAAUGUUUUGUAGGGGGAAAUACAGUGUGGCAGUUAUCACAUUUAAAUCCUUUGUUGGCUAUUGUGUGUUGGCAUAUUCUUUAUGUGCUGCCAGUUGGGAUUCGGCUUAAUAUCAACCAAAUUUGAAUACAGUAUUAAGUUUUUAGGUGGUAUACUCUAUGUGUACAUGUAUUAAUGUGUAAGAAGGAGAUCAGUGCUUAAAUAAUUUCCAUAGUCUUUAUGUGAAUGAGUAGAACAAAGGAAAUUCUUGACGUUUUUUGUUGUGUAUUUGUUAAGUGUUUUAAAAUACGUAAGCUUUAAUAAAUGUAAUGUACAGUACAUAAUUCAGUCAAACAAGAAAUUGAUGUAAAUUGAAACAAAUACAGAAACACCAGCUCGUCAAAUCAAUCAAAUUUUCUUAUGCAGCAUUCAAAGAUCUGUGUAUAAUAAAAUUAGCUUAAGCAGUUUUAGUGAAACUGAAAAAAUAUCAUCAUCAUCGUACUUAUCAAAAUAUCAUCAUCGUCUUUAUCAUGUACUAACCUCUGAGAGGAUGUAAACUUAUAGGAUAGGAGUUAAAGUGCAUCUCAGGUCCCAUAACAAAACAUUCCUUCAAGUAACAUGAGAGAUCAUUAUAAGUCAAGUACUGUAACACUGUAGAACAUUGAACCUGCUGAUAUGGCACAAUAUUGUUCUAUUGCACAACUCAGGCACUUGUCAAUAUCUCAGUGUUAACUUUAUAAGGACAAACAAUUUAAUGUUAUUUAUUCAUGUUAAAUAAUGAUAGGGGAAAUUCUUAAAUGUGUUAUUUAUUACAGUAGUGGAAAUCUUCACUAUGCCUUAGUGUAUUGAAGUGAGAUUCUUCAGGUAGUAUUAAUAGUUAUACCAAUAGAUUUCUCCCCCUUUCUCUCAGCAUUUAUCUUUCAGUUACAGUAUGCAGUAUUACUGUAAUUAAGAACUCAUUACAAUAAUGUUUCACCAUGGAAUCCGCUGAAUCUAUGUCACAAUGUAAUCUCAAAAUUUAAAUGUUCUUGUGUUUGGCCACAUCUUAUAGUGCAAUUUAAUUUUAAGCUUUGUAUUAGUGUAAUAAGCAGGAUCUGAAUAUAUGUCCAUCAAUUCUUCAA